GUCACGUUAACGUUAUGUUAGGCACGUGCAAUUAAAAAUGGCAGAGAGUUUUCAACUAUGACAGAUGAGGAUGAUAAAAUUAUUUGGGAAGGAUUCCACAAUUGGAUUUACUGUAUUUGCGUGAUAACAUUCGACUUAGAACUUGGGCAAGCCCUAGAGAGUGUUUUUCCCAGAUGUGUUUCAUUGACUAAACAAGAAAUCUCAAACAUAUGCUACUUGGCAUUUCCCGAUUCCAAUUCAGGAUGUAUGGGAGAUACAAAUUUCAUUAUAAGACUGCAAACUGGCCAAGGAAAGCAAAAUCUCCGUCCUGAACAUCACAACUACAAUGCCAAAUGUGCCACCUCCCUUCAAAUCGAUGGUGCUUUCUAUUGGGGAUACGUAUACUUCAGGCAGGUCAAAGACAUCACUUUACCUAGGGGUUAUUUUCAGAAGAGUGUUGUCAUACUGUCCUUUUUUCCAUUUAAUAACUUAUUUAGUAAAAUAUGUAGUUUCAUCGCUCCCGAAUAUUUUGAGAAUGGUGAAGUUUGUCUUGAGGCAGUGUGCCACAGCAUUGAAAGAUGGCCACCCCCAAAACCAGGCAUUGCACUAAAUCUGCCAUUACUAGGAUCAGUUUUCCAGACUUAUAUUCCACCAUCUAGUAACUGUUCAGUGAACGCCACAUUAGCAUUGCUUAGCGAAAACAGCGACAACCAAAUACAAACACACGUAGAAGAUUUAAAUUUAUUUGAAAUACUUCAGCCUGUUUUGUCACAUAUUCACUUACUAUGGGAACUGGUUAUUAUUUCCGAACCCAUUGUAGUUAUGGCCUCUUCUCCUACUUAUUGUUCAUCAAUGGUUCUGGCACUAACCAGAUUGAUAUUUCCGUUGCAGUAUUGUGGUGACUACCGACCAUAUUUCACUAUUCACGAUAGUGAGUUCAAGCAGUUCACUACAAAAGGUCAAGGACCACCCCCAGUAAUUUUGGGGGUAACAAACCCUUUUUUUGGGAAAACACUCCGUCACUGGCCACAUACACUUCGUUUAAGUGACGAUUCAGGUCAGUCUCAAAAACAAAAACUGAAAAUGUCUUCUCCAGCUAAAAUGAUCGAUAACAGCCCUGGAAUUUACACAUCACACAAGCCUUUUGUACAAAAAAGCAAACACAUCAUCAAAAAGCUGAUGGUCGGAGUGAGCUCAAAACGGCCGUUUGAAGUGCAGUCAGCUCUAAUCCGAAGACAUCUAUCAGAGCUGACACAUAGUUUCAUGUUUCCUCUAGAGAGAUAUAUAGCUAGUUUGAUGCCAUUCCAAAGAAGCAUAUCACCCUUUAAGAACUUGAAAGACUGGGCCCAGGGUCGUCGCGAAGUGGAAAUAAUAGAUAUGGUUUUGACAAUCAAGAAUAAAAUAAGCAAGUGUAAUGAACACGAUAUCCCUGUAAGCCAACCGACGAAGGAUCAACUCAAUCAACGUUUGACCGAUAUUGUUACUUCCUUACCCGAUGAUCUAAAAAAUAUCCUACAUGUUUCAUGAUACUUACUGAUAGUAUGUAAAAAAUUGUAUAUAAGUGACUCCCACUCAGACAACCUUGUGUUUGACAAUCUCUCUUUCAAAAAUAUGUCAAAUUAUUUCCAAGAACACUAAAAUUUUCAAAUUAGGCUGCUACUUUUGGUGCCUUCAAUUCAUACUCACAUUGUAUAGACUCACAACUUUUCUUUUUCACUUAAAAUUUUUAGUGAAUUUUAGGAAUGUUCAACUUACAGAAAUUCAUUGUAGAUAUACCCUGUUGUAAUCUUUUUAAUGUCUGUUUUUUUUUUGCAAAAGCUGAAAGCCAAAUUUGAAAAACUUUUUGGAGCUGAGAAUGAACGUAUUUGAAUAAAAAUUUUGUUUUUGUUGUAAAUGUUAAAAUGAGAAUAUCAGAUUUAUGAAACUUUAUCAAGUGUAAAAUUGUUAAUUGCAAUCUUGUUUACUUACAUGCAGAAUGAAAGGCAUUAAUUUAUGAAGAUAAUUUUCGAACAAGGUAAAAUAAGUCUUGUUAGGAAACUAAUAGUAUUCAGGUUUUUUCCUCAAUGCAAACGGUUGUUUAUUCAACAUGAAAUGCUCAGUUGCAGUCAAUAAUACAAACAAGUGUUGUAGUCUUGCCUUUAAUACCUCACAAACUCAAAUUUGAAGGAGAGAAAUAUGUUGUAUAUUUAAAUAUUUGUAUCAUUUGGUUUAUUUAUUGAAAAAUUUCAGUACCCACUGAUGUUAGGUGAAGUUUUGCUCAUUAUCAGGAUUUGAAAAUCUAAAUUCAUCAAAUCCUUAGUACCAUUUGCUAGUACCAAUAUUUUAUACUUGUUGAUUUGAGUGUUUUUUAAAGUUUACAUAAAAUAUACCAGUGUAGAAAUCAAGAGAUAUUUCCAAUUUGUUAUAUUGUAGCAAGAUAUUGAAAAGUACAAAAUUGUCCUGCAAAUGAAUGCAUGUCCCAGUGGAACAAAUAUCUUGCUCAAUACAAUAGUCUAUAAUACUCACAUAAACCUUAUCUGAACAUUGUAUCUGAACAUGGGUAUAUAGGGGAGAUAUUUUCAUUUGUCUUCAGAAUUUCAAAAUAUUUUCAGUACAGAGAUCAAAUUUUCAGAUAAUUCAAUAGAUU